UGUAUUGUCGUGUUUACAAACUUAUUUUAGGAUCACACUUUAUUUAUUUAAUUUUUAAUAAUUUGGGCAAAUUUCUUUGUCACAUAAUUUUGAAAUUAUAUUAAUUAUUUACUUUCGUGUAUAAGUAAUAUUAGAAAUGUGUAUUAUAUAAGUAAAGAUUAAAUAAUCUUUAAGAUUGUUUUGUGGUUAUAAUAUGAAUGUGCCCUGAAAUUUCAAUAAAAAUUAUAAAUUAGUAAAGAUGGACAUAAAUUUGGUAGAAAACACUGAAAAAUUAUCUCUCGAAAGUAAAGACAAAAAAAUAACAAAACGCGAAGAUUAUUUAGAUUGGAGGGAAUAUUUUAUGGCCACUGCAUUCUUAGCUGCAAAACGAAGCAAAGAUCCAAGUUAUCAAGUCGGUGCUUGUAUAGUGAACAAGGAAAAUAAAAUAGUUGGUGUUGGAUACAAUGGUAUGCCAAUUGGUUGUAGUGAUGAUGAAUUUCCAUGGGGAAAAAAUACGACAUCCAAAUUAGAUAGCAAAUUUUUAUAUGUGUGUCACGCUGAAAUGAAUGCCAUUCUGAAUAAGAACUCCUCCGAUGUUAAGGACUGCACUAUUUAUGUUGGACUAUUUCCAUGUAAUGAGUGUGCGAAAAUCAUUAUACAGUCUGGUAUAACUGAAGUUAUAUAUUUUUCUGACGAAAAAGGACACAAACCUAAGUACAUAGCUUCAAAGAAGAUGUUUGAUGCUGCCGGUGUAAAGUAUUGGCAAUAUAUCCCAAAGAAUAACAAGAUAGAGAUAACAUUCUCUGGUGCAGAUUGGCAGAACACAAGUUCUUCAAAUUAAUGAAGAUGCACCCUUAUAUUUUGUGACAUUUGACAAUUUAAUAAUAAUUAAUGUAUUUCUAGGUUUGAUUGAAUGAAAGAGAAAUAUAAAUAAAUUUGUAAAAUAAAAUUUUAUUACUCUAUGUACAAGACAGGGUACAAAAUACUCCAAUCACACAAAACUGAACAGAAAAACCGUCAUCGCCCUAACUCAAUGAGACAUUUAUAUUAAGCAGGUGGUGUCGGAACAAGGGAAAUUUAUAAAAGCCUUAUUCAAAUAAAAUUUCCUCAAGGUUGCUGCCGGUUCUGUAAUUGAUGAUAAAAAAAAAAUCACUGAAAAUUUUGGUACAGUCAUAUGAUGAUAUUAUUAAAAAUUAUUGUCCAAACUUUACAAAUAUCUACAUAACAAAAUCAAUACAGCUGUUUCCGUGAUUGUCAAACAAACAAUUCUAAAACACUCUCCUAGACCCCCAUACAGUCAAUAA